UUGGAGAAAGAGUUUUCAGAUUUCUUAUCUUGUUUGUCCACCAUACAACUCCCAGCAUAUUUUGUAUUGGCAUUUGCUUUUUCACAGCCUUUAUCUAAUUUCCCAUUUCGUUCCCGCUAAUGGCAUGAUCUCCCACCAUCACUAUCUUUCUUCCAAGUUAGAAAGAAACCUGCAACAUAAAAGCCACCAAACAGAAUGGCAGCUGCAAACUGCUUCAAGCAUGGAACAAUUCUACCAGUCUCGGCCAAUCUCCAGCACAAGCAGCUACCACCAAGAAACAGCUGCACCAUAAACAAUGAGCUCAAGGGAAACAGAAACAUGAUGCUUAUGAUGGGUUUGAGUGGAAGACAUGGUAAAGCAUCCAAACGUGUUGGGAUGAUAAGGUGCAGUGGGAGAAGUAUAGAGGACUUCAUAGGAGGAGACUUGGUGAAAUUUGAUCUCGGCCGUUGGCUUUCGGACGUGGAGGAGCACAAGGCCCUGGCUGUCUACUCUCCCCAUGAGGGAGGCUACGAGGGCCGCUAUCUUAACCGCCUGAGAUACCAAGGUUACUAUUUCCUGGACCUUAGUGCCCGAGGCCUCGGUGAUCCUGAGACCACCCUCACCAAGGUCCAUCCUGUUUGCCCGCCUCAUCUAGGGAAGCAGCCCAUAUCAAGGUGGUACUUUCCACCAGAGGUUGAUUACAGGCUUGCCGCCCUGCCUCCAAAGGCCAAAGGCCUUGUGGUCUGGAUUAUUGAAGCCAAGGUUCUGUCAAAGGCAGAGCUGCAGUUUCUUGCUCUGCUUCCCACACUCCGGCCCAAGGUCAGGGUCAUUGCCGAAUGCGGAAACUGGAGGAAAUUUGUAUGGAAACCACUCGAAGAAAUUUCAGGAUUAACUGCUAAUGAGGGAUGAGAACAGUAGCAAAGACACAGCAGAUGAGUUCAAGUUACUCUCAUCCUUAAUUUGAAGACAUUUGAGCUUUAUUUCACUGUGGAAGCAAAUCCAUGGCGCAAGAAAUACUCUACAGUUUUCACUAUCACCAUUGUUUUCCUGAUCACAUGUCGAAGUACAUAAUAGUUUCAUCUAAAAAUUGCAAUCUAUCCACUUUCAUC